CGGGGAGGCAGGCAGUGCGCAUCGGUCACUCCCAGCGCAGUGUGUCCAGCCUCUCUCUCGCUCAUUGCGCGCUGCGGACUCCAAAGGCGGUGAAGUUUAUCACGUAUUCUUUUAUCGCAGGGCUUCAGAGGAAGCCGCCCAUGAGGAAGUGUGUACGGUGAAAAGGCGAAAGGUCAGAGGUCAGGAUGACGACAGUAGCCGCAGAAUACGAGCACAUGGACAUCCAGCAGCAAUACCAGGACAGUGUCAACAACCGCUGGGAGGAAGAAUGGGACAAUGAGAACAGCUCGGCCCGAUUAUUCGAGCGCUCGCGCAUCAAGGCUCUGGCAGACGAGCGAGAGGCCGUGCAGAAGAAGACCUUCACUAAAUGGGUGAACUCACACCUGUCUCGCGUGUCCUGCCGGAUCACGGAUCUCUACAUGGACCUGCGGGAUGGACGGAUGCUCAUCAAGCUGCUGGAGGUUCUGUCCGGAGAGAGACUGCCCAAGCCGACGAAGGGCCGCAUGCGAAUCCACUGUCUGGAGAACGUGGACAAGGCCCUGCAGUUCCUCAAGGAGCAGCGCGUGCAUCUGGAGAACAUGGGGUCACAUGAUAUCGUGGACGGAAACCACCGACUCACGCUCGGCCUCAUCUGGACCAUCAUCCUCCGCUUCCAGAUCCAAGACAUCAGCGUAGAGACAGAAGACAAUAAAGAGAAACGCUCAGCCAAGGACGCGCUGCUCCUGUGGUGCCAGAUGAAGACCGCAGGCUACCCCAACGUCAACAUCCACAACUUCACCACCAGCUGGCGUGAUGGAAUGGCUUUCAACGCCCUCAUUCACAAACACAGGCCAGACCUGAUUGAUUUCGACAAACUGAAGAAGUCCAACGCUCACCACAACCUGCAGAACGCCUUCAACCUGGCGGAGCAGCACCUGGGGCUCACCAAACUCCUGGACCCAGAAGAUAUCAGCGUAGACCAUCCCGACGAGAAGUCUGUCAUCACUUAUGUCGUCACAUACUACCAUUAUUUCUCCAAGAUGAAGGCGCUGAAGGUGGAGGGCAAGCGUAUCGGAAAGGUGCUCGACAACGCCAUCGAGACGGAGAAGAUGAUCGAGAAAUAUGAAUCUCUGGCGUCUGAUCUGCUGGAGUGGAUUGAGCAAACCAUCAUCAUCCUCAACAACCGCAAGUUUGCAAACUCUCUGGUUGGAGUCCAGCAGCAGCUCCAGGCCUUCAACACUUACAGGACAGUAGAGAAACCGCCCAAAUUCACUGAGAAAGGCAACCUGGAAGUGCUUCUGUUCACCAUCCAGAGCAAGAUGAGGGCCAACAACCAGAAAGUGUACAUGCCACGAGAGGGCAAACUCAUCUCAGACAUCAACAAGGCGUGGGAGCGUCUGGAGAAGGCGGAGCACGAGCGUGAGCUGGCGCUGAGGACCGAGCUGAUUCGACAGGAGAAGCUGGAGCAGCUCGCCAGACGCUUCGACCGCAAGGCUGCCAUGAGAGAGACCUGGCUGAGCGAGAACCAGCGCCUCGUUUCCCAGGACAAUUUCGGAUUCGACCUCCAGGCGGUCGAGGCAGCUACCAAAAAGCACGAAGCCAUCGAGACGGACAUCACGGCGUACGAGGAGCGCGUGCAGGCGGUGGUGGCCGUGGCCAGAGAGCUGGAGACGGAGAACUACCACGACAUCAAGCGCAUCGCCGCGCGCAAAGACAACGUGCUGCGUCUGUGGGAGUAUCUGCUGGAGCUGCUCAAAGCGCGCAGACAGCGGCUGGAGAUGAACCUCGGCCUGCAGCGCGUCUUCCAGGAGAUGCUCUACAUCAUGGACUGGAUGGACGAGAUGAAGAUGCUGCUGCUGUCUCAGGAUUACGGGAAGCAUUUGCUGGGAGUGGAGGAUCUGCUGCAGAAGCACGCUCUGGUGGAGGCCGACAUCGGCAUACAGGCCGACCGCGUCAAAGCCGUCAACGCCAACGCACAGAAGCUUGCCGUGGAUGAUGAGGGCUACAAACCCUGUGACCCUCAGGUCAUCCGGGACCGCGUGGCCCACAUGGAGUUCUGCUAUCAGGAGCUGACCCAGCUGGCAGUGGAGCGCCGCGCCCGUCUGGAAGAGUCCCGCCGCCUGUGGAAGUUCUUCUGGGAGAUGGCGGAGGAGGAGGGCUGGAUUCGCGAGAAAGAGCAGAUCCUGUCCUCGGACGACUGCGGCAAGGAUCUGACGGGCGCCGUGCGUCUACUGAGUCAACACCGUGCUCUCGAGGAUGAAAUGAGCGGCCGCGCCGGUCACCUCCAGCACACGGUGCGCGAAGGUCAAGCCAUGGCCGACGCUGGGCACUUCGGUGAAGAUAAGAUUCGCGAACGUAUCGCCGACAUCCAGGCCCAAUGGGCCGCUCUGGAACAGCUGGCUGCGGUGAGGAAAAAACGCCUGGAAGAGGCUUGCAGCCUUCACCAGUUCCAGGCCGAUGCGGAUGACGUCGACACCUGGACCUUAGACGCGCUCCGAAUCGUCUCCACCGCAGACGUGGGCCACGAUGAAUUCUCCACUCAAGCUUUGGUCAAGAAACACAAAGACGCCUCUGCCGAGGUCGCUAGUUAUCGCUCGGUGAUUGACGCUCUUCACGAACAGGCCCAGUCCCUGCCUCCAGAACAGGUGCAGGCUGCCAACGUCAACGAGCGGCUGGCGGGCAUCGAGGAGCGCUAUAAGGAGGUCUCCGAGCUCAGCAGGCUGAGGAAACAGGCCCUGCAGGACGCCCUGGCACUCUAUAAGAUGUUCAGCGAGGCGGACGCGUGUGAGCACUGGAUCGACGAGAAGGAGCUGUGGCUCAACAGCAUGGAGAUCCCAGAGAAACUGGAGGACCUGGAGGUCAUUCAGCACAGGUUUGAGAGUCUGGAGCCUGAAAUGAAUAACCAGGCGUCACGCGUGGCCGUUGUCAAUCAGAUCGCCAGGCAGCUCAUUCACAGCGGACACCCGAGUGAGAAAGACAUCAAAGCCCAACAAGACAAACUCAACACCAGGCAAGUCAUAGCAUUCUGUGCUGGUGACAAAUGUAUUUUUAAGUUCUGUGUAGAAAGCACAAAUACCUCUUGCUUCCUAAUCUUGUUGUCUGAUAAGCCUGGCAUUUGUAUUGUAAUCUCUGCCUGUCUGCAGGAAGGGAAGCAGCUGGUCUCGGAGAAGCCGGAGACAGAAGCCGUAGUGAAGGAGAAGCUGGCGGCGCUGCAGAAGAUGUGGACCGAGUUGGAAACCACGACGCAGACUAAAGCCCAGUGUCUGUUUGACGCCAACAAAGCCGAGCUCUUCACGCAGAGCUGCGCCGAUCUGGACAAGUGGCUGGUGGGUCUGGAGGGUCAGAUCCAAUCGGACGACUACGGCAAAGAUCUGACCAGCGUCAGCAUCCUGAUGAAGAAACAACAGAUGCUGGAGAACCAGGUGGAGGUGCGUCAGAGGGAGGUGGAGGAGCUCCAGUCUCAAGCUCAUGUGUUGAGGCAGGAGGGAAAGGACACGGAUGAGGUGGAUGGACGCCGGAAGGAGGUGGAGCUGAAGUUUAAGGAGCUGCUGGAGCCGUUGCAGAAACGGAAAGACUUCCUCAUGGCCUCUCGUGAGAUUCAUCAGUUUAACCGUGACAUGGAGGAUGAGAUUCUCUGGGUUGAGGAGCGGAUGCCUAUCGCUACGUCGACAGACCAUGGCCACAAUUUACAGACUGUUCAGCUGCUUAUGAAGAAGAACCAGACAUUACAGAAGGAGAUCCAGGGCCAUCAGCCUCGCUGUGACGACAUAUUCGAGCGCAGCCAGAGCAUCCUGAAGGCCGACAGUCCCAAUGUAGAGGCCAUCCAAGCCCGUCUGUCCGACCUGCAGCAGCUCUGGAGCCUGAUCAUCCAGGAGACGGAGAAGCGACACGCCAGACUCGAGGAGGCACAUAAGGCCCAGCAGUACUACUUUGAUGCUGCUGAAGCCGAAGCCUGGAUGAGCGAGCAGGAGCUCUACAUGAUGUCUGAAGAGAAGGCCAAGGAUGAGCAGAGUUCAGUGGCCAUGCUGAAGAAGCACCAGAUCCUGGAGCAGGCGGUGGAGGACUAUGCUGAAACCGUGCACCAGCUGUCCAAGACCAGCCGAGGCCUCGUGGCCGCCAACCACCCCGAGAGGUACAGAACACAGUUACACACAUUGGGCCCUAUUUUAACGAUCUAA